GCUGAAGUGUCUAGACGCUCAGAACUUCUUAAACAUUACAGACAAAGACAUAGUCAUUUUGGGCGUGGCCAUCAUAUUAAGUGCGUAUAUCCAGAUUGUCCAUGCAGUUUUAAGACUUGGAAUUCACUUUUGACACACUUGUCAAGCAAUCAUAGCAAUCUCUUAAAGCACAAACAAAACAAACUUACAUUUUCCUGCCAAGUAUGUGGUUUUAGUGAACUUGGAGCUGUACGUGAUUAUUUUGCACACAUAAACCAUCAUCUAAAAAACAAUGAGACAGUUAAUUGUAUAUUUAAAGGCUGUGAAUACAAAUCCAAUGUAUAUAGUACGUUCAAGUCUCACAAAAGUCGAAAGCACAGCUUGCAUUCAUUGGUAGAUUUUAAGGAUGUUGUAGUCCAUGGCCUCUUUGCGACUGAAACUGCAGAGUCUGAUGGUUCAGACAAUGAGGAAUUAUGUGACAACAGUCAGUCUGGUGAUGUUGAUUUAAAUACACUAAAGGAUCACACAGACGUAAUUGAACAAAAACUUGCAGCAUUAUUAUUAAAACUAGAAAAUAUCUUUCAUGUGCCAAGUGCUGCGAUUGAUGAAUUGCUGGAGGAACUUCAGUUUCUUCUCUGUCUAGUACAACAAAUGUGAUACAAGACACACUCAGUAGUUACAGCCUGCAAGUUGAUCAAACUGUCAUUAAAGAACUUGCAUCCACUCUGUGUACAUCUAAUCCUGUGUACAAGUCAAUUGGUAAAGGCUGUCCUUUGGCAACGUCAUUUAAGCGCAAAAAAUACUACAGGGACAAUUUCAAGGUUGUAGAGCCCAUAGAAUAUAUAUUGGAUGAAAAAGACAAAAGAACACGGCAAUAUGUUCCAGUAUUAAAGGUUUUGCAACAGCUUUUCACAGACUGUCACAUUCUUAAUGAAGUAUUAGAUCGUAGUCUCAUAUCAGAGGAAAGAGGAAAAGAAGUUACAUACAGGUCUUAUCGAGAUGGUUUGUUCUUUCAACAAAACAGUUUUUUAUCAGGAGGUGAAUUGAGAGUGUUACUAAAUUUGAGAGAUUUGUAAUCCGUUGGGCACAUCUCGUAAAAAACACAAGAUCUGUGCUGUUUAUUGGACUCUCAGCAAUUUACCACCUGGUCACCAUUCCUCAUUGUCUUCCAUUCAUUUGGCUUUACUGUGCAGAUCUGAAGAUGUGAGGAGUUAUGGUUAUGAAAAAGUCCUAGAACCCUUGUUGCAGGAUCUUGUGACUUUAGAAAGUCAAGGUUUUUUCAUUGCACAUCUUGGAGCUCUUGUUAAGGGCACAGUACAGUGUGUCAUAGCAGAUAAUUUGGGAGCGCAUGGAAUUGCUGGCUUUACAGAGAGUUUUGUAGCUGAAUAUAUUUGCCGUUUUUGUCUGGCCCAAAAGUCUGAAAUUCAGCAGAAAGAAGUGAGUUCAGAUGUGUUUACUCUGAGAAGGAAAGAGAUACAUGAAAUGCAUGUUAGUUCAGCACACAUCAAUGUGAAACCAUGUUAUGGUGUUAAAAGGCGGUGUGUUCUCUCUUCGCAUCUUUCUCAUUUCAACGUUUGCACUGGCUACCCUCCAGAUGUUGCACAUGACAUCUUUGAAGGCAUAGUACCAGUUGGGUUGGCACAUUGUCUGAAUCAUUUCAUUUCCAAAAAAUAUUUCACACUGGUAAGUCUCAAUGAGUCUAUUUUGAAAUUUCCUUACAAAUGGGCAGACAAGAGUAAUCGCCCACAUGCUAUUCCGAGGACCUUCAUGCUGAAAAAAACUAUUGGAGGGAAUGCUCACGAAAAUUGGAGUCUCUUGCGUUUCCUCCCAUUUUUGGUUGGACAGUUAGUGCCCCCAAAUGAGCCAGCCUGGCAGGUAAUUUUGGACCUGAAGGAUAUUGUGGAAUUAGUUGUUGCACCAGUACAUACAGCACAAUCACUUGCUUUCCUUGAGGCCAGAAUCUGUGAUCACAGAUGCAGGUUACAAAAGGUGUUUCCAGGUAUCAAACUAAUACCAAAACAUCAUUUUGUCGAACAUUAUCCACAGAUGAUUCGAUUUUUUGGUCCACUAGUCAGUCUGUGGACAAUGAGAUUUGAAGCAAAGCACAGUUUUUUUAAACAGGUUGUUCGUCACACACGCUGCUUUAAACACAUACUUCUAUCACUGGCGGUGAAACAUCAGUUCAUGAUGGCAUAUUAUUUGGAGUCAAACACAACCAAAAAGUCUAGCUUGACUGUAUCAGCUGUCUCAACUGUCUCUGUUGACAUUUUGCAUCAGGAUGUACAGAAAGUUUUGAAGCUAAAAUAUCCUGAUAUUACGCACGUUCAGCUCACAAAGACUGCAUCUGUCCAUGGAGUGACAUACAGAGGUGGCAUGAUUGUUGCUUGUGGCUCUACCUGUGGCUUGCCAGACUUUGCUGAAGUUGUCCAGAUGGUUGUCGUGGAGGGAAGUUUGAGUUUCAUUGUUAAAGAGUUUGGUGCUUGGUAUAGGGAGCAUUUUAGGGCAUUUGAGUUGUGUCCAACUUCUCAAGUCUCACUCAUUCAGCUUGGUGCCCUUGUGGAUCAGUACCCCUUGGCAGAUUACUGGAUUGCAGGCUACCGAAUGGUGACACUUAAAAGAUUCAUACACAUACAAGGUUAGAUCACAAUUAUGUUGUGCUCAUUUGUUCAGUGUAUUUAUUUUUUAAUAUUUGUAUAUUUUCCUCUCUCACAUGUAGAUUGAAGAAUUACAGAGCCUAUGAAGCUGAGUCAUCGUAGAAGAGGAUGACUUUAGAAGACUUGAUCUCCACUCAGGAAAGCCAAAGACUUUAAUGGACUUGCACAAUGUUAUUCGUGAUGCAUUUGGAAUUGAAAGAGACUUUCGCAUUCAAUUCAUGGAUCCUGACUUCAAUGAUGAGUUUAUGAACAUUGCUUCGGUGCAAGACAUUCAAGACAGAAGUAUAAUUAAGCUUGUGUACAUGCAAAAUCAUCCGGAUAAAAGUCCUUCUUCAAGGCAGAACACUUCAAGCACUCCUGGACCAUCUGGGAGUCCAUCAAGCAUUCGCACACCUCAGAGUGUGUCCUCAUUGUCUUCAUCUGACUCAGAUAACACCAUCAAUCUGUCACAUUCAGACAGUGAGCUGAGAGCACGUGCAUGGCCCCGUGAAUUCAUCAUUCCUCGCUUUUCCUACGGUGUAGAGGUGCAGCUUCAGCGGGGGAAUGAGACCUUCAGAGAAAAUGGCACAAGGCUGAAGAUUACUCCAGGGCUGAAGUCGGACAUCCUAGAAAAGUUAGCUGAGGAGAUUUUCGAAUAUACAGCAUACCCACAAAAUCACCAAAUAGAUGAUGUAGCAGGGGCACUCAUCAACAAAUUCCCCUGUUUGCGAGAGUCGUCUGCCACUGGGUACUACAGCUGGAUGAUUAGCCUGAAAUACAAAAUGGCUAAUUACCGGACAAAGAUGCGGAGUAUUGGCUGUCCUGAAGUGACUGUAAAUGCAUUGAAAAACAAAUCCAGUGAUGAAUGCUUCCCAGUCAAAAAUGUCUGCUAAAAGGGCAGAGGUCAACUAUUUUCCUUCACACCCCACUGGCGAAACAGAUGAAAGUCUGGAAAAUCUGAGAGUUGAACUAUUGAAUGACGUCAGACAAAGGAACAGGGCAUCAAAUGUAAGAGAGAAGAUGUCUAAAACAUUCUCCUACCGGAGAAAAGAAGUGGUGCAUGGAAGUCCAGGUGCCGGAGAGUUUAAAGUGAGGUUGCCUGCACUUUUCAAUAUUGAUGAGGCUACAAGUGAUGUUCAUUCAAAAAGGGCAGCAGUCCUCAGGGCACUUUGCCUCUACCUUGGUGAAGAUGAUGGACAUCUAAUCCACG